CCAUCUCGAGAAAAGAGAAGAGAAACAAACAGACCUCAUUCACAACUAUACAUAACACAUACCAAACCACGUUGGUUCUCUCAUUUUCAACUUUCAAUUCCUGUUCCAUUUUUUACACAAAGGAAAGGAAAAGAGAAGAGCGAAGAGAAGACGUAGUGGAUUUUGGUCCGUGUAUGCAACGAAGGAGCCACGCUCGAACACGAUGCCCCUAACCAAUCAUCUUAACAUAAAAACAUUUUAACAUUAAAACUCUUUUCCAUUUCUCACUCUCUUCUCUUCUCUUACACUCUCUCCCAAUCCAAUCAAUGGCUUCUUCUCUUUCCCCUUCUCCCUCUUCCCUCGACCAAACCCUUCGCGACGUCGACGACUACGUUCUGGAAAAUGGGUCAGAAGGUUUGUCAAGGGACACACUUCAUUAUGUGUACGAGCUUGUGAAGAAUGGGAAUGUGGCAUUUCGAGAGAACAGAAUGGAAGAGGCAAUCAACUUUUACUCAAGAGCCAAUAACAUCAAAUCAGGUGAUCCAAUCAUCCUCAGCAAUCGAAGUGCAGCUUAUAUUAGGAUUAGCCAAUAUUUCAUGCACAGAACACCAUCAUCUUCAGAACGUAGGCCAUUGAGUGGGCUUGAACCCACAACACUUGCUGAACUGGGUUUGAAGGAUGCUGAGAAGCUUGUUGAACUCCAAAGUAAUUCAGCAAAAUCAUAUCUUUUAAAGGCCAAUGCUUUUCUACUGGAGAAUUCUCCCACCCUGGGUCUGUACCUACUUGAUGGGGAACUCUUGAGUGAAGGACAGUUAGAGAAAUAUGAAAAAGCCCGGGAUGUUAUUCUUUCAGGCCUUCAAGUUGAUCCUUUUAGUAAUUCUCUUCGGGCUUCUCUUCAAAAUUUGGAAAGUGUUUCAUCUAGUUCAAGAGGGAUGAGUACACAUGGACAUCCAGAACGUAAUGAUGAUUUUGAUUGCACUCUCUGCCUGAAGUUACUGUAUGAACCUGUCACAACCCCGUGUGGACAUUCUUUUUGCUGUUCGUGUCUAUUUCAGUCAAUGGAUCGUGGAAACAAAUGCCCAUUGUGCAGGACUGUUCUGUUUAUUAGUCCUAGAACAUGUUCCAUCAGUGUGACAUUGAAGAACAUCAUACAAAAGAAUUUCCCAGAGGAAUAUGCUGAAAGGAAGCAAGAGCACGACAGUUUAAUCAAAGCUGGUGUAGAUUUACUCCCUCUUUUUGUCAUGGAUGUUGUCAUACCAUGUCAAAGGUUUCCACUCAAUAUAUUUGAACCUCGGUAUAGACUCAUGGUAAGAAGAAUAAUGGAAGGCAAUCAUCGGAUGGGAAUGGCUAUACUUGAUUCAACAGGUUCCUUAGCUGAGUUUGCCUGUGAAGUGGAAAUCACAGAGUGUGAACCACUUCCAGAUGGUCGUUUUUAUAUAGAGAUUGAAAGUCGCAGGAGAUUUCGUAUCAUCCAUUCCUGGGAUCAAGAUGGGUAUCGUGUUGCAGAGGUUGAAUGGAUACAAGAUAUUAUGCCACCAGAAGGGACAAGUGAAAGAGAUACUUUACAGCAACAGACAUAUAAUGCAGUCGAAGAUGCUAGAUCAUGGAUAGCAAGAGCUAAAGAAGCAGCAAGACAUGACUGCUGCAAUACUAAACUACUGGAAUAUCAUACAGAUCAAAGAAAACUUGAGAGACUCGCCAGUGUUGAAGUAAUGAUGCCCUCACCAAAAGACCCUGAGCGCUUUAGUUUUUGGGCUUUGAUUGCAGCUGGCUACUCUUUCCAAUCGGAGGCCUGCGGAAAGAUUGGAUCUCCUACGCAUAAGAGACACUGCCGAGAGGAUUAGACGGGGCCUGAUAUUUCUCCGCCAGGAGGAACAAGGGUGCAGAAUUCAGUAAGACAAGCUGAGGAGGGCUGCCACUAUUAUUGCAAUUGAAUAUUUGUUUAUUGCAAAUUCAUUUACAAGUCUUUCAACAUUCUUCGGCCUCAUAAACAACCGUUGAUGAGGUCAUUUUUGCUGUAACAUAGGGUUGAACAGUUUUUCUAAUAUAUAUAAUCAUCUACAACACAUUUUUUAUUGGCCA